UCAACGAAACAGGAAGUGUCUUACCUGUCUGCAUGUAAAGAGACGGCUCAGUGACAAGCACUCAAGAGAGAGACACCUUCCAUCCAAGAGGAGGAGGAGGAGGACAAGGAUCAGGAUCCAGGGGGGCUUAAUCAAUUCCAUCCCAUCACUGCGAUCCCUACUCCGCAACCAUGCCUCUAGGACUGAGAUCGAAGAUCAGAAGGAAGGCUAAGGAGGUCUCCUCGAAGUUGGUGGAAAGCGAAGAGGUGGUGGACAAGUCGGCGGGCAGCAGCGCCGCCAAGGAGCUGCCCAAUGCCAACGGGGCGCCCGGUCUGCCUCCCCCGCCCGUCAGCCUGCGCCCCAAACUGGUCUUCCACACCCAACUGGCACACGGCAGCCCCACCGGCAGGAUCGAGGGCUUCACCAACGUCAAGGAACUGUACGCCAAGAUCGCAGAUGCUUUCCAAAUCGCCCCAGAGGAGAUCCUAUUUUGCACCUUGAAUACACACAAAAUCGACAUGGACAAACUCCUAGGAGGUCAGAUCGGCCUGGAAGACUUCAUCUUCGCUCACGUAAGGGGCUCAAAGAAAGAGGUGGAAAUUUUAAAAACGGAUGAUGCUUUGGGGCUGACCAUCACCGACAAUGGAGCUGGCAUUGCUUUUAUAAAGCGAAUUAAAGAAGAGAGUGUAAUUGACACAGUAAAAGUUAUCAGCGUUGGGGACCACAUAGAUUCUAUAAACGGGAAGAAAAUUGUGGGAACACGCCAUUACGAAGUUGCCAAGAUGCUGAAAGAGCUGGAAAAGGGACAGACGUUCACCUUAAAGCUCAUAGAGCCUUUAAAAGCUUUCGAAAUGAUUGAGCCAAGGUCAAGAGGUGGAAAGACAACAGAUGGUAAAAUUUCCAGUGGAAGAGAAACAUUACGGUUACGAUCUAAAGGACCAGCUACCGUGGAAGAAAUGCCUACUGCUUUCGAAGAAAAGGCGAUUAAGAAAGUGGAUGACCUUCUAGAGAGCUACAUGGGCAUAAGAGACAUCGAGUUGGCCGCGACAAUGGUAGAAGCCGGAAGGGACAAGAAUAACCCAGAUGAGUUUGCUGUGGCUCUGGAUGAAGCUCUCGGAGACUUUGCUUUCCCGGACGAGUUUGUCUUUGAUGUUUGGGGAGCCAUUGGUGAUGCUAAAAAAGGGCGUCUUUAAUGCGAUCCACUGACAUUUCGAAUCCCCGUUAAUUACCCUUCUAAACACUUGACCGAUUUAAAUUUUAUAAUAGCGUUCCUCUGGGAUAAGCCACAGGACACUCCACGAAUUCCACUGAUUUCACAAACCAAGCAAUCAACUUGUGUAUAUCUCCAGAAUGACAGACUGCGCACUUUUUUGUCCGGUUGUAGUGAGUCUCUACAGCGCACAUAUAAUGUGAAAACGGCGAUUGUUAUUGAGUCGCUUAUUACUUUGUAUAGGGGGAAUCCACUCAUUAUCGUUGCUUUGCUUUGAGUGGAUGGAGGUCUGAAUCACCAACUGGAUUUUCUUAUGCGUCCCUUUGGUAGGAUCUCGGAACCUGAGUUCCCAUCUCCACCCAUUUCUAGGGUCAAUAUAAGGAUGGUCUCUGCCCCUAUUGGAGUUUUUAUUCAAUGUAUAUUUAGAGUAACGCAGCAUGAAGUAUGAAGCUCCGUAGUGGUGGAAGCAAAACUAUAAAUUUGCCAAGUCUCAAUUUAUUUUUAAAGGUUUUGGGUGAUCUUGUCCAUUAGGGAAAAAAACAAGACUUGGACCAGGUAUGGAUACCUAUAACGAAAUAUGAAAUAUCUGUCAGAUAUAGUUGUUUAGAGCUUGCCACAUACUGUAUAGUACAUAAUGAUUUACAAUCUUCUGUCGUUUUGCUAGAUACUGUGAGGGUCUACCUGACUGGGUAUAAGUAAAAUGGAUUAUUUUGAGAGAGGAGACGGUGGGGGGUGGUUGGUAAUAACACAUAACUCCUGUGAUUCUGGACAGGCAGCAUGUAUGGUCUUGCCUAUCUAGACUGAGAGAUGUGGGGGUUGGUUGGUAAUAAUACAAACAUUUGCGAUUCUAGACUGGUAGCCUGUACAAUACUGCCCACCAUAGAGGAGGGCGGGUGAUCGUUAGUAUAGAGUAUAACACCCCAUUCACACUUGCGCGACUUUGGAUAUCAACUUUUUCCAAUGAUAACCAUUCAUAUAUGUGCGACUUAGUUGCAACUACUUUAACCACUUAGGCUGC